UGUAUUUGCUUCAUCCUAUGUGCCGCUUAUUAAUAACGUGCCAUGAUGACGUGUGUAUACGUGAGUUUCUUGACGACAUUCGAAUUGUUACUUCUGUGGACGACGUGAGUAAUUUUUUCUGAAGACAACGAGCGCAGAUAUUUUCAAUCGGAACACGGAAUAUCCAGUGCACGCUAUUUUCCGGAGGGAGGGCGAGGAAACCCGUGGAAGCUUCCUUCUGGAAGGUGCUUGCGGCGGAUGGCCUUCACCCGAACUUAGAAGGAGUGCGGAUGAUGAGCCGCCACCUCCAGGACCUGAUCCCACACCUGCUUCGACAACUUCCACCACGCAGAGCUGACGCCCCGGUCAUCCCGGAUCCAGUGUGGCCCACCCCAAAAGAAGCAGCCAUGCUGCGACGAAGAGACUCCGAACAGACAUCGAGGGCACGUAAACAGGACUGACUAACCGCUGGUGAGCGUACCUUUUCUAAUCCGAAUGAGCCAUGCCCGAGUACCAACACAUUUUUCAAAAUCCGACAAUUAAACGACAAAUAUAUACGCUACAAUUCCCACCGUACCGCACUGCAAGUCUACAGCGAUCAUAACAAAAUUCCUAAAGGACUUGCGAUUAAGCUCCAGCCAACCUUCCCUCUGAACCACACCCUUCAAAAGAAAUGGAAUGAAACCCUUAGCAACGCCUCUACUAAUAGCCCACUGUGAGGAAACAACUGCAGAAAUAUCUCAGCAAGCUAAAACUAUCCGCGAUACUGUGACCCUUACGGACGCGCAUGAGUCAGAAUUGGCACAGUUCACUAGGAACUUGGAAGAAACUGUGAAUAACACCGAACGUAAAUAAAUGACAAGGGACCAGAUAGAUCCUGACCGUAUGUCUAAAUAUGACGCGAAUCUCGCAGGUAGAAGUAACAUAAUUACUCCCUCGUUAGAUUCCCAAGGUGAAGCCGAACACUGUGACAAUCAAAAUCCUAACGCUCAUGACAACACAACCAAUACGUCACCUCAAAAUGUUGUUAAUUUGUCGUCCCACCCCCUCAGCGAUUCUGAACUAUCACUUCUUAGCCGUGGGCUUUCAUUCUGCCCAAAUAAUAACAAGGUAGACGAAUACCAACUCCAUCUCGAUUUAGAUAAUUUUGCCCGACGUAUGCGUCUGAAAGAGUAUUUUCAUGAUAAGCCUGAUACAACACCCAAACUUUUCAAGCCACCGUGUGAAUUUACGCCAGAGCCCAAUCGAGAAAAAGCUCUUGAUAUAUAUAUAUAAAGGCAGUUCAAAACGAUAUAAUUACUUCAUAUAAUCCCUCUUCCCGCAAAACCAAACCAAGUUUGAGUCAAGCCGAGAAAAGUAGUCUGUCGCAUCUUAAAAAAUCGAAAAACCUAAUAAUCAAAAGGGCAGAUAAAGGUGGUGCAAUUGUCGUAAUGAAUAUGCAGGAUUAUAUCGAUGAGGGACUGCGACAAUUGGGUUGUGCCACGUUUUACAAAACUUUAGACACUGAUCCCACGGAACAGAUUGUUUCAGAUAUCACAAAACAUCUAAAGGCAUUAAAGGCCGCAAAGAAGAUCGAUUCGGCGUUAUAUGAAUACCUUCUUCCCCGUAACUCAAAGCCAGGUAGAUUCUACAUGCUCCCAAAGAUUCAUAAACCGGGGAACCCCGGACGUCCAAUCGUCUCCUGCAAUGGGACAGCCACCGAAAAACUCUCCAGUUUCGUAGAUCAUCUUCUUAAGGACAUACCCCCGCGACUACCAUCGUACAUCAGGGACACUAAUCACUUCCUGCAAAUACUAAAUCAAUAUCAGCCACCCCCAUCUAGUCUCCUAGUUACGUUAGAUGUUUCUUCCCUGUAUACCAAUAUUCCCCACGAUGAUGGCAUAGCUGCAGCCGAGGCGGCUUUUUCCAAGUACUCUGAUUCUUCUUGUGAUCCAUCUGUCGUAUCUACUCUACUAGAACUGAUCCUAAAGAACAACAACUUUGAAUUUAACGAUGGCCACUAUUUACAAGUCAACGGCACCGCUAUGGGCACUAAAAUGGCACCAAACUAUGCAAAUCUAUUCAUGGGUUCACUAGAAGAAGCAUUCUUGAGCACGCGUGAGGACAAACCCACUUUAUACAAGCGCUACCUUGAUGACAUAUUUAUGAUCUGGCCACAUUCGGAAGACAGCCUAUUGGAAUUUAUACGCGAUUUGAAUGAGUUCAUUACUUCUAUUAACUUCGCUCACACGUAUUCUCCCGUCACUGUUAGCUUUCUUGAUGUUCAAAUUAAGCUAACCAAUGGAGUUUUAACGUCUGAUCUGUUCCGUAAACCCACAGACUCUCAGCAGUACUUGUCAUUCCAUAGUUGUCAUCCUCGCCACACGAAACUGGCCAUUCCCUACAGUCAAGCUCUUCGGUAUAGGAGAAUCUGCUCGAAUGACGACGAUCUGGACAGAAAUUUAGAACAGCUGCAACAAACCUUUGUCGGUCGUCAGUAUCCACCCGAUCUAGUUCAAGAUGCUCUCAACAGAGCUCGCAAGGCAAACCGUCUAAGCUUACUCGAGAAAAGACAAAACAAAUCAGAAAGUAAUGCUGUGAACUUAACUGUAACAUUCGGCGGAAAUAUCCCAAACAUUAACAACAUACUUAGCCGCCACCACAGUAUCCUUCUCCAGUCAGAACGCACGAAAAACAUUUCCUAAUCCACCACGUGUCGCUUACAGACGUACACGUAACUUACAAGAUAGCUUGGUCCGCUCUAAAGUAGGCGAACCCACUAGCCCUCCGGCGGGCUGUCAUCCAUGUAAUGGCAGGAGAUGCCAGAUUUGCAAGGUAAUGCAGACCGCACAAACGGUCAGAAGUACGAAUUCCAACUUUACCGUCAAGAUCAACGCAGACGUAACUCAUGUAACUCAUGCAACGUUAUCUAUGUAAUCCAAUGCAACACAUGCCGGGCCCAAUGCGUGGGUCAGACAAAAACUUCUUUCCGAAUUAGAUUCAACAAUCACCGAUAGGAUGUUACCAAGAAACCUAAUCUUCCAGUCUCACGCCAUUUCAAACAACCAGAACAUUCAAUCAACGAAGCCUCAGUUUUUAUUCUCCAGUCAAACUUUAUCUCCGACCGCUCCCGGGAACAACGGAAAUCUCACCUAAUUUACAAAUUCCGAUCGGCCAUUAACGAGGACCCUGGCAUGCUGUCAACAAUAAGAAGUUUAACAACCUAGAUAAGACCCUGUUGCCUUUUCUCGUUUCAGCCAGAUCAAAAUCCCCACUGACCCACAAGGACGAUGACCCCACUCCUGGACCUGACACAAAAGCGCUCUGGAAUUUCCCCAAUUGACAAACGCCAGGUGGCGGGAAUUUCCCCCAACCGGCCACGUCAUUCUCAAGCCCCUUAUCAGCCUCGUGGCCACAUUUAGCUCUUUUGUCCCGAAGAAGGCGGAGCUUCCGCCCUAACGUAGACAUCCUCCCUAACUUUUAUAAUUUUAAAGUUUUAAUAAACCCCUUUUUUGUUACUUCCCCUACUUUCGUCUUCUGUCUCCCAUUUAGUUCAACUAUAUAUAUAUAUACGUCACUACGCGAGCCUUUAUAAGCUCUGUGUAUCACUGACAUAUUUUUGUCCUGACGAAGGCGAAGCUUCCGCCGUAACGUAGACAACCGUUUUAGCAUUCCAAGUAUCUUAAAUGUAAAUAAAUUAUCCCUUUUUUCUUACUUCCCGUACCUUCGUAGUCUGUGUUUCAAUUUUCAUUUCAGCUACAUAUAUUCGCGGUUGUCCGAACCCCAUUCACCAAGUAUACAUAUAUAUAUAUAGAAGUUGAAGUAAAGGAAUGCGGUUGACGACGAAAAAUAAAGAUAUUCAAUAAGGAUCAGAAGUGGAGACAGUGCUUCUACAGGACUUCUGUGUGCUUCCAGAGUCUUCCAGUGUGUACGUUUGCACAAUAUCAGCAGUGAAAUGGCUCGGCGAAAAUAUUAGAUAAACUACAAUGCGAUUGUGAAUGGCGACAUGUUUUGUGGCUGGGCUGUUCAGCUGUCGAUGUGUAGGACAAAAAGACCAACAUGCUGAAUGUCGUUCAUAAACAAUUUGGUCUUGGUUGAUUCCUUCAUAGCUCUAAAUUAUUCGGGUAUUGUGGAAGGACACAGUCGAGAGUGGUGUAGCAGUACAACACAGCCGAUGUCGCUCAUGAUGAGGUUCAUUCCCGGGCCCCGGGACAGGAUUUCGGGAUUGUGGCGAGUUCAGAUGGCGCUUCCAAGUAUAGUCCUCCGCGGGUGAGCAUUAUCUGACCCGCAUCCGACCCUACCCGCAGGUUCAAAUCUGCAGCCCACACGCAAAUCACGUCCCGUUACAAACUGAGACCCGGGUUCUCACGCAGCUCGCAUAUUUUUUUCCAAAGGCUCACCCGCACCCGGCCCGCUGCCCGAUGAACGUUGAUGAGUAAACUGAAAGUACUCCCUGGUGAUGAUUAUAUAUGUCU